CCUGGCGGCGGUGGGUUCGCGGGAGGGUCGGGAGAGACCGGGGCGGUGCUUUCGCGGAGCGGUGGCUGCGCGCAGAAGUUUGCCGGUGGCCUGGGCGCAGCUUGCGUGAAGCGUGACCGAGGAUGUGAGCGGCCCGGACCGCCGCGGCCCGCGGACGAUGCUCACCCUCCUCAGCGCGAUGACGCUGAUGCUGGUCGCCGGGGCGCAGGGGCUGCUACCCGCAGUCGCAGAUGAAAAAAAUCUAAAGCCUCCUGAGAAUAUAGAGGUCUACAUCAUAGAUGACAACUUCACCCUGGAGUGGAACAGCAGUGAUGGGACUGUUGGGAAUGUGACCUUUUCAGCAGUUUAUCAAACACCUGAGAUGGAUGAUUGGAUAAAAUUGCCUGGCUGUCAACAUACUGCAGGCACCAAAUGCUAUUUUUCUCUCCCUGAUUUGGAUGUUUAUGAAGAACUUCAAUUGCGAAUAAGAACAGAAAAAGGAAAUGACACUUCUUCAUGGAGUGAAGUUUACUCAUUUAUACCAUUUAACAAAGCUCAAAUUGGUCCUCCAAAAGUACAUUUAGCAGCUGAAGAUAAGGCAAUAACAGUAUACAUCUCUCCUCCUGGGACAGCGGACAAUGUUAUGUGGUCUUUGGAUAAUAAAGCCUUUACAUACAGUUUAGUUAUGUGGAAAAAUUCUUCAAAUAUAGAAGAAAGGAUUGAAAAGGUUCAACCUGGUGGUAAAAUUUAUAAACUUUCACCAGAGACUACUUAUUGUUUAAAAGUUAGAGCACAACUACUUUUGUAUAGCAAAAUUGGUAUCUAUAGUCCAGUGUGUUGUAUAAAUACCACAGUUGAAAAUAAGCUGCCUCCACCAGAAAAUUUAGAAAUCAGUGCUAACAAUAAGAGCUAUAUUAUGAAAUGGGAUUAUGCAUAUGUGAACGUGACCUUUCAAGCUCAAUGGCUCCAUGGCUUUUUAAAAAUUGCUUCUGGGACCAAUUUACAUAAAUGGGAACAAAUACCUAACUGUGAACACAUCAAAACUACAUAUUGUGUCUUUCUUCGAAAAUUUUUCCCAAAAGGAAUUUACUAUCUCCGGGUACAAGCAUCUAAUGGAAAUAGCACAUCUUUUUGGUCUGAAGAGAAAAAAUUAAAUACUGCAAUAUACACCAUCAUACCUCCUCCAGUCAUUAGCAUGAAACCCGUUAAUGAUUCUCUGCGUGUCGAUAUCAAUGCUCCAGGAGUCCCACUAAUUUAUGAAAUUAUUUUUUGGGAAAACAAUUCAAAUACUGAGAGAAAAUAUCAAGGAGGAAAAACCGAUUUUACUAUUGCCAACUUGCAACCACUGACUGUGUAUUGUGUCAAAGCGAGAGCACACUUUGUGAGUAAAUCGUGGAAUAAAAGCAGUGUUUUUAGCGAUAUAGUGUGCGAGAAAACAAAACCAGGAAAUUCUUACAAAAGCUGGGUGAUAGCUGGAAUUUGCAUUGCAGCAGUUUUUAUUGUAGUUAUCAUUUACAUUAUGAAAAACCUCCUGAGAUGUUUCAAUUAUGUGUUCUUCCCAUCACUUAAACCUCCCUCCAAUAUUGAUAAGUAUUUGUCCGAACAGCCAUUAAAGAAUCUUCUACUUCUGACAACUGAGGAACAAAUUGAAAGGUGUUUUAUAAUUGAAAACACAAACACAAAUACUAUAAUGAAGGAAACUAAUCAAAUUGAUGAGGAUCACAAAAGGUACAAUUCCCAAACCAGUCAAGAUUCAGGAAACUAUUCUAAUGAAGAUGAAAAUACGGGAAGUAAAGCAAGUGAAGAACUUCUGCAACUGGAAACUGGGUCCCCAGAAAUGAACUCUUAAAAUGCUCGUUGCCAUGUGGAGUUCAUGCUGGAUCUUAAGCUCCUUAUGCCUGUAAAGAGAAUGUUUGCUUCUUGGGGAAGGAAAAACACCUUCAGAUCACAGUUCCUAGAAAUACAGCAGGCAUUUAACUAUUUAAAAAUGAAAUCACAGGAGUUUGGAGAAAUGUGUUCUACCUUCUUGUCAUCAAGCCUGUCUUGGAUACAAUGAGCAAUUCAGGAAGGUGGCCAGGGUCUUUCCAAUGGUAGCUCAAGUACCAUGGUGCUGUUUUGUGGCUAAAGACAGUUUGUGUGCCUGUCAGUACUGACACGGAUGCUGCUGGUUGCUGCAUGUGGCAUUUGUUCUCCAUUCCCAAUAACAUCUCAUUAUUUCUCAGGAGAUAUUAGAACAUUUGGUCUUUUGUUAGGCACUUAGGAAAUUUCUUUAGAAUAGUCUGAAUAACAUUAUCGCCUGGUUUUCUGAAAAGCAUCUCGUCCUGGAAGACAACCACAAAUGCCAGAAAAAUAGUCCUUCAAAAUGUUCAGGGGAAUUCUUUGCAACGUCCUGCGGUAUUGUGCAGCUACCUGUCCAUCCCUUACAUGGUUUAGGAUUAAAACCAGGUAAUCUUUUACUAUGCAUUAAGACUUCCUGAUUCAUAACUCAUUAGAGCUCUUGGCAGUCACUGAUGUCGUCAGGUAGAAUUAGAGAAGCCAUCGUUAUAUUUUAAAAUCUCAGUGUACACUUAUAAGGCACAACAGACAUAGGUCAUCCUAGGAUCAGAAAAUUCCAGUGAUGGAAAAGAAGGAGAGAGAAGUGGAAUCAUUCAGUAGGAAAGCAAGUAAAUUUGGUGGGGAAAAAAAAAAAAAAAAAAAAAAAAGAAUUUGUCUAGUCAACUUCUAAUUAUUAACCCACUGUAUUUUUAUGGCUUAUCUGUUACUUCUCAUACCAGGAAAACUUCUCUAUAUUGUCUAGCAGUAUUCAGAUGCCCUUCUGUUCAGCCUGAAUGUACUCAAGAAAAUGCAAAUUAUUUACUAUGAACAUGAAGGAGAAAACACAAUGAGGAAGAAAAGCCUAAAAUUUUGAAAAUUGUAUAGUGCUUUCCAAAGGCACCUAGAGCUUAUUUUUAAAUUACUUAAAAUUCAGGAUUAUCCAUAGAUGCCUUUUGCAGCAGAAAGUCUAGAAAUUCUGGUGACCUCUAGGGCAGAACUCUCACCAGUUGCUGCGGCAGGAACCGCUGAGAGAGAAGAACACAUGGCAUCCGAGGGUGUGCUGGGCACGCAUCACUAAGGCCGGUCCUGUUCACAUCGUCUUCUCUGUUGCGGAACCCCAUCAUCCAGGAGGAGGGACCGGCUGGCAGGGCCGUGGUGCUCAGCAUGUCCUAGGCACCUGUGCGUGAGCAUGCACCCACACCAUGUGCUUCUGUCCCUGUCGACUGGCUCCCGAGUCAUCUCAGCAGAGCACCAAGGCCAUGGAAGAGGCCCGAGGGUCACCACUGAGAUCCCAGAAGACUCUCUUCUCUUCCUGACCAGAGGCACUCGGUUUAAAGUGCAGCUUCUGGGUUAAGCAUGCAACUGUAAAGGCCCUGUCACUUUGAAAGUUCGCCUCUUAGAGAAAUCAGGAACAUGUCAAAGCCCCUGCCACUGUUGCCUCUUGUACUAUGUCACUUCAGUGAUCCUGUCCAGCAUGUCUGACCCUGUGUUCACCACAGCAGAAAAGCUGCUGUCUUACACCAGGCAGCCUAAAAAGAAACAGUGCCUUGUUAGGGUAUGAAGACGGGAAAACUCAUAAAUGAACACUGAGGUAGCAGUGAAAUUGGCAGGUCCCUAAGAUCUGGGGACAGAUGUCUUCAUGUGACACUCCGUGGCUCUGAACAAGCACUAAGCAAAAAGAAAAACGGGAAACGGGCUUCUCUUUUGCCCCCCGUUCCAGACACACGGUCAGUGCCGUUCUGUGCUCCACAGCGUUCUGUUGGUGUUUCGUCAGGCUGUGCUGCUUAGUUGUAAGGUGGUGGGCAUUUUUUUUUAAUAAUAGCUUUUACUUAGAAAUAUUAUCCACUUGGGCUGGCCUCAGUGGCACACACCUGUGUGACCCUCAGCAGAAGACUGAGGCAGGAGGAUUACAAAUUUGAGGUUAGCCACAGCAACUUAGCAAGAACCCUUCUCAAAACGUUUUCAAAAAACGGGGCUGGAGGUGUAGCUUAGUGGUAAAGCACCCCUGGGUUCAAUCCGCAGUACCUCCCCCCCGGGGCAGGGGGAUUACACACACACACACACACACACACACACACACACACACACACUUGGAAACCCUAAUAAACUGCCUAAAAUUUAGAGUGUUACUGGUUUUUGGAAAGACUAAAUAUGAUCUGAGAAUUCAUGCAAGAGACAUUCUAUAUAAUAUGUGUGGAUAUAUGUGAAAAGUGAUUCAGGCCUGUAAACAUACGUAUGUAUACUGACAUAUGCUCAGACAUACGAUGGUGACCCUUAUUCUAUCAGUAUGGCCAAAAAAAGUACUUACUAAGGUAGAUUCUAAUUAGAAACAUUUUAGUUCAAAACUAUGACUUGCAUCUGACCAGAAAUUUGUAACCUGUAAAAAGUUAAUCUAAAAAUAUAAUUUAGUCCAGGCUUGGCAGCACACACCUGUAGUCCCAGCUACUUGUAAAGGCUGAAGUAUGAGGAGCACUUGACCCAGGAAUUCAGGACCAGCCUGGGCAACAUAGGAAGACCCUGUCUCAAAAAAAAAAAAAAAAAAAAAAAAAAAAAAAAAAAAAAACCUAAAAAUUUAUAGUUUGUAUCUUUCCCAGAAACAAGGCUAUGUCAUUUAAAACAGCCUCAGAUUGCUCUUGAGUUUGGGGGGAGGGUAUAGAGAAUCCUCCCAACCCCAUCCCGCAUGACUGGGACCGUUCAGUAUUCACUUGUUUUCUGUGAUGUCUGUCUGCCCACACUAGAGCAGAGCUCUGUGAGUGGGGAUUCUGUUCAUCCCUGUGUCCCCUGUACCUCUACUGUGGUGCACAGCACAUGGGAGAGUGCUCAGAAUCCUUAUGGAAUGAAUGAGGUUUGGUUUUUGUUGUUGUUUUGUUUGUUUGUUUUGCGGUGCUGGGGAUCAAACCCAGGGCUUUGGGCUUGCAAGGCAAGCACUCUACCGACUGAGCUAUCUCCCCAGCCCUGAAUGAGGUUUAAGAGUUAAACCAGAUGAGUGUUCUAGCAGUGUUUGUUUUAUUGAAUUAGGACAUGACUGAGUUUUCAAUGUUUUUAUGCAACAAGUUUUUAUCUUGUAGUUUGUGUAUUUGUCUUUUUACUAUUGUAAACAACUUCAUCCAAUAAACACUGGAGCCAGAA